AUGGAUGGGAAAGGCCUAAUCAUAAGAGGGUGGGCACCCCAACUGUUGAUUCUCGAUCACGAGUCAAUCGGUGGAUUCGUGACUCACUGCGGAUGGAACUCAACGCUGGAAAGUAUAUCUGCCGGUGUGCCAAUGGUCACGUGGCCGAUGUUUGCCGAUCAAUUCUAUAAUGAAAAUUUGGUUGUUCAAGUGCUAGGGAUCGGGGCCAGCAUUGGAUCUAAAUCGUUUGCCAUGUUUGGAGAAGGUGCCGAUUUAGUGAACAGAGAUGACAUCGACAAGGUGGUGAGACGAGUUAUGGCGGGUGAAGAGGCAGAGGUCAUGAGAAGAAGGGCGAAAGUGAUUCGCGAAAUGGCUAGGAAGGCUGUUGCGGAAGGUGGAUCAUCUGAUUCAGAUUUGACUUCGUUAAUCGAAGAACUCAUGCAGCACAAAGCUGCUCGUGAAUAUAAAUAA